GAAUAUAAAUCAUGAUGGCUGAUGGAUGUUGCAGAGGGAUGGAAAGAGGCAGGGGUAAGAUUGCAUCAGAUUCUUUACCGAGACCCACAUAUCCCCAGCAAUAUGUCCAGAGCGGAUCACAGCAGCAGGGGAAUGACAUCCAGGAGUUAGCCUCCAAACGCGUCGACAUCCAGAAGAAACGCUUCUAUCUGGAUGUGAAGCAGAGUGUACGCGGACGCUUCCUCAAAAUAGCCGAGGUGUGGAUUGGAAGAGGCCGUCAUGAUAACAUCAGGAAGAGCAAGCUGACGCUGUCUAUGUCGAUGGCCCCCGCUCUACGCUACUGCCUGGGAGACUUUAUAGAUUAUUAUGCCCGUAUCGGACUGCGGGGGGGCCUCGCGCCUCCGCAGCUCGAGGAGCACAGCAGCAACGGCCAAGGCCGCGCGCACGACUCCCGCAGAAGAGCGCAGGAGCAGCACGCGGCGCUGUCUCCCACCGGUUCUGCGGUGUCCGACGACCAUGCCCACCGCGUGCUCAAGAGCGAAUUUAUCGAGCGAGACAACAGAAAGUACUUCCUGGAUCUGAAGGAGAACCAGAGAGGUCGGUUCCUGCGCAUACGGCAGACUGUCAGCAAAGGACACGGCACCAUGGGCUACUACGGCCAGGGCAUCGAGCAGACCAUCGUGCUGCCCGCGCAGGGGCUCAUCGAGUUCAGAGACGCGCUGUCACAGCUCAUCGAAGACUACGGCGACGAAGAGAGCAACGACCGCGGCCGAGCCGGAUCCAGGAAUCACGACGACAACCCCGAGCUCCCAGAGGCUGCGUCUUUUCGGGUGGACAACAAGAGGUUUUACUUCGACGUCGGUUCCAACCGGUACGGUAUCUUUUUAAAAAUUAGCGAAGUGCGGCAGCCCUACAGAAACACCAUCACGGUUCCGCUAAAAGCCUGGGCUAGGUUCGGAGAGAAUUUCAUCAGGUACGAGGAGGAGAUGCGACGGAUUUUCUCGUGUCACAAAGAGAAGAGGACAGACGCUCGGCAGGACAGCGAGGAGCAGGAGGACUGACCUUGGCAGUAGGCUGUGUGUGCUUUUUGCAUGUGUCCUGGGGAUUGUGUUAAUGAAGAAAAUGUUCUCAAUACCCUCCAUGAUGUACUGUAUGUGUCCCUACAAUACCACACUAGAUGCUGUGUCCCACCUCAACUUUUUUGGCUCAUCUGCCAAGGGCUGGUAAACGACUAAUUUGAACCUGCCAAGAAGUUAUUCAUUCAUAGCCUAUAAUGCCUACAUCUGCUUUCAUUACUCAGUGCUAUUUAAUGCACUUUAGCCACUUAGCCUGGGCCGGUCCGAGCCUAUUUGGGGGCCCCGAGCAGAAUUUUAUAAUCCUCCACCCCCCUUCCCCCCUUUUAAAAAUUGAAGAGUGCACUGUAAAUUACAGCUUUGUUUUAUUAUAAGUGACAUAGAAAGGUGACACAGUGGUAUUAGGAGUGUGCUGUGAGCUAGGAAACCACUUGAAUUCUUUGCUCCCAAAGCAUACUAGUUAACAGUUUUACAGCUAGCAAAAAAAAAACAAAAAACUGUUGACCACCAUGAAACCCCGAAAGGAAAAGAUGAACCUAUAUCCAGAGAAUUAACUUACUUGUGUGUUCAGUAUAGUUUAGUUUUUAUGGAAAGUGCAAAUUAAGAAAUUGUACAAAUAGAAAGAUAUAUAUAAAAAAAAAUUAGCAGUGAUAUUUAAUAUUUAAAUGGCAAGUUUAAAAUGAACAGAAGACCUCAUAUAUAUUGCUGGUUGUGCAGGCCGGAGGGGGGGUGGGGUGCAACACACACCAGCUGGCUGCGUUAACUCAUGGCUGCAGCACACACCAGACUGAUCGCACAGAUAGAAAAAAGUGGUGAUGGUACAGUAACUGAGGUAAGAUUGCUGCUUCUCUGGAAUCACAUGCGAUGGUCUGGUCUGGGAAGGGGGAGGACAGUAGUGUGGACAGGCUCGUGCAUCUGUUGUGGGCUCAUACAGAAAACGACACACACGCAGGUGUUGUGAUUUGACUAUGCUGCUGGCGUGUGUUGCCCUUCAGUGGAUCUAUGCUUCGGUCCAACUAUUGCUGUAGCCUACACUGGAAAUUCGUCAUUCAUCGUGACAGCUACAAUAUCAAUUCCAACUGCUACAUUUGGCACAUACACACACACAUACACACACGCACAGACAGAAAAGAAACACAAAUUCAGGCUUCCUCAUUCAUAUUCAUUUCAGUGACAUGAGUUUCCCUGCAGUGCAGUGCAGUGCUGUGGGGCUUCUGAAAUAUGUACAAGUGACCAGAGCAGGUGGAUGAGCCUGCGGUGUGCACAAUGUAGCAAUGUGCUGAUUUGCUGCUAACCUUGCCAGCAUCAAGAUGAGGGGAAGAAAUGAAAGUUGUAGUGCCGUAGAGUCCGACCUCAAAGGAGUACCAGGACGCACGGUGCUGCGUGAUGGCCUGGUUUUCAACAAGUCUUCAGACUGGACUCGCUGUGUGUAUUUUAUUCCGUAUUUUAUUCAUUGCUUGUGGCAGGCACACCAAUGCAGCCUCCCUCUCAUCGUUCUGCCACAUUGCUGUUAUCAUUGUGAAAGCACUAAACAGUUUACAGUGGUUAACAGAGUUUGCAAAUGAGACUAAAUUGAAUCAACAAAAAAAAAAAAAAUUCUAGCCAGUGCAAUUCAUCUCCUUUAUCAUACGAUCCAACACAAGCACUUAGUCCACAAACACGGGAAUGUGUUUGUGUUUCCCUGAGCCGAGUUCACAUUCGGAUACUUAUAUUUAAGUCCUUACUUGCUUUGAAGCCUCAAACACUUGAAAAAGAACUGACUUGUGGCAUUUUCCUGCCAGAAUAGAGUGAUCGAAUGAAUAUAUCCUUGAGAAGAUGUCUCUUCUCAUUAUUGGAAAAACCCAGGUGAGACAGAUAAGAGCAGACAGUGGCUUCUGUCAUGCAUAGAUCUCAUUAGGUUACGUGUUGCUGUAGUUACAUUAUUUAUACUAUUUGGCAAUUAGAGCCUAACAGCUCCGAUAUACACACAUUUUAUUUUGCUGAAGGAAAGGUUUUUUUUUAAAUGUGUUCUGCUGAGCGCACAAGAGAUGAUGGUGUGCAGCUCGUCUUUUAUGGCCACACCGCAGCAGCAGCAGCAGUCCUCCACCGGUCUCUGCACUGCUGUGGACUCAGAGGGCUUUGGCAGAGCUCACAGUGCUGUGCACAAUCAUGAAACGAAACAGACCUGAAGCAUGAAAAGAUGCCCUGGGUGGUAGCUGUGCCAGUGUGUGCGGCAAGGCCGCUAGAAGGAAGUGUAUCUGUUCUGACGGAAACAUGCAGCUGGAACACAUCCCAUCGUAGACAAGGUGUUAAGCUAGGAGCAACACACACCUGUGAAGGAGACCUUUGGUAACCAAAACCUUUUGUCUUGUGACCAAUUAGAAGAAAAUGGUGUCUACGAGUUGGGGGGGGGGGGGGGGGGUUAGCCGAAGAGGAAUUUCCUCCUCAGAUUCAUUUGUAGUAUUUGACAAAUUGUUGUGGCAGGUAACAUUUUCAGCUAAAAGCAGAAAUUAGAGCAAACUCUGGAGAAAAUAUGUUACAGAAAUAUAUAUAUUUUUUCUGAUCGUCUUGUGAGUCCUGAGCUUAAUCUUGGGACUCACCAGAGAAGACAGUCCCCAAUACUAGUUGUAUAGUGAUGCCUUUAAAUCUCUCACGGAUACUUGAAACAUUGAGAAUUAUAGUUUAUAUUUAUUUUACUACAUGCCCCUUAGACCUUUACACACUGACGUUAUUUGAAACGAGACAUUAAAAUGAGUCCUCUCCCUAUGUCGACAUACAUUAGACCAGUAGCUCCAAAAUCUACUGCUUAACGUGUGGGUGAAUGAUUUCUUUGAUUAUGAAACAAUAUUAACAAUAUGUGGUGCUAUAGAAGUGUGUUGACACAUUUUAUGUUUGUCAUAUAGAGUUGUUGAUACCCCGUGUAGGACAGCUCAGAUCUACAGGUCUCUGUGUUUUCAAUGGGACAUAAAGUAAGACAGGUGAAGACAGAAACUGGACUUGAUGUCAUGUAUGUACCGGGUGGAUACGAGUGUUAGGAUAGAAAGGGCUCUACAUCCUGCUGAAACAGGCCCGCUGAAACACAAUUGCUGCUCAACUGCGUGCUUUACCUUUCUCUGCGAUCCACUGACGAGGAAGUGACGACGUCUUAAAGUGUCGAUGUUGUCGUGUGCUCUUUUCGGCUGUGGGUCCCUAAAAGUUUGUGAAGUGCGCCUUCUUCGUUGGAGCUAGAAUGGCACUCUGAGCUUUGCGUAUACUCUUAUGUGACCCGCAUGAAUUCAAAGAUGGUCGCUAAAGACAAAGAGCCCAAUUCAGACUUUGACUUAACCACUGCGUGGCAGUGUUUAGUCAGUUGUUAUGGUCUGCUGAUUCCAAACCGUGGAGUUAAUACAAGGUGAUUUGAGUCUUCAGGCCGUCACAAACCAAGGCUUCAAAAACACUGAGGAUAGUAUUACCUGAACUGUAAUGGCUGACAUGGUAGAUUGAGGACAUUUCCCUUGUUCACCGCUAAGCUGGUGUCAGAAACUCAACACCGUCUGCACUUUUUACAUCGUGAAUGUCUUUCUGUAGCAAAAGCGAGACAUCAGAGCAGCAGCAAUGUGACAGGACUCUGUUGUUGAAAUGUACAAUAUACUGAGCUUAUCGAGACAACAGGGUUAUCAUUAGCUGAGGAACAUUUAAACAGCCUUAUGUAACAUCUGAAGUGCCUCAGACUUUUGCACAGUACUGUAUAUUUUCUGACACCGGCACUAAAAUCAUGUUGCCUUUCAAACACGAUACCUGGUAUCGGUACAUCUGUAUCAUACAGGUUUUGUCAAGACAUUUCUUAUAGACAGUGUUUUUGUGACCAUGGCCAUGGCAAACACCUCUGAUUGGCUGGCUGGUGUCCAUUAAAGGUGAAUAUGGAGACAAUUUUCAGACAGGCUCCAGUCUACAUUUUGGCGACCAUUCUUCAAAUCUGCGUUCGAGGUGUUAUAAACUGCAGGUAACCAUAGCAACAAUACUGAUGUUUCACAGGACAUUACCAGUUAAGUUGAUGACUACUACAUGUUUCAAACCAGAAGUGUCUGAGUCGGACUCUUUGUCUCGGUGUAACUCUACAGUUUAGUGGAGCUCAGAUCCAAUGAAAUGAAAUGACAUCGCAUUUUGCAUUUUUUAUUUUAUUUAUUUUUGUGGAGGAAAAAAAAUGCAUAACAAAGUGUUAAGAAAAUUGCUGCGAUGCGUUUAGGCGCGUGAAAGUCGCGGGACUGGUUGGGUUUGGUGGUGUUUGUUGUACUGUCUAGUGUGGGGGCUUGAACUAUAAUGGCUUAGUGAGUUGUUUUUUUAUUUUCAUACAAAUGGCAAAAGGUCUAUAGAGCAUUGUAAGAGUAUAAUUCAAAGCACAAAUUAUUUAUUAAAAAAAAAAUGAUGUGGACUUAGAAUAUAUAUACCAAAUUCCUUACAUUAAUCUGAUUCAGCGUUGAUGGCCAGCGAAUUUGGCUCAAGAGGCAAAACGGCCUCAGUCGAGACAUGAAGACAAAGACGUGGUGUUUGUUCUCCUGAAAAUUGAAUGAAAGUUCUUUAAAAGGUAGAAUGGUCAUCUGUCCUUUAAAUUCCAAAAAUUACUCCAAAAAGCACUUUAAAUAAAAGCCGCACUUUUGUUCUGCUGCUCUGUAAUCAGCUGACGUAGAGGGACCAUUUCCAUCCAUGCCUUUGGUGUGAAGUGACAAUCACGGAUCCCUGCUUGUAGAAUCUGAUGAGCUGCACUUACACACAACUCCCGUCAUGGUCAGUGUCAGUUUUUAUGACCCUUCCUUCGUGGAGGUGACGGUCUGGGGCUCAGCCAGAGUGGCCGUAUGAAAUAAUCCUCGUCGGCUGUACUGAGACACUAAAGUCUCACUGAAUUUUUGUGAAAUGAGCACAUUUGCGUGUCAUCGACGUGAGGAAUCUUUUUCUCAGUUUUACACCAUAGAUGGCACAGCAACUGAACGCACUGACAUAGCUUAACAUAAGAUUAACACAAGCUUACGUGGCUUGAACGCAAAUAAUCUUUUUUCUUUCUUUAUCUUGAAAACUGACAGCCUGAGCACAAAACAGGACGUUGUACCUCUCGUAAAAAGGUUAAGUGUUGUCUCAUGUUUGUGCUCAUUUCACAGCAUUUCAAGAGGCCGAGGCGAAUGAGUUUAGGGAAAAUGAUCUCAGCUCUACAACCUCACUUUUUUCCUGAUGUCAUGCAGUAUGCUCCUCUCUUUCCUGAAGAAUCAAAGUGAUGUAGCGGAUGAAGUUUUAUUGUUGUGGCACCGCAGAGCUGAAAAAGGAAAGAUUCUUAAGAAAGCUGAGUGAUAUUUGUUGAAAAUUUGCAGUCCUAAUUUGAAAGUAUCACAAAUCAGCCUUCGCUUUUCUUCCUCCAAAAUCAAAUAUAUUUAUUUCUGUGUGUUUUUUUUUUUUUGGUAUUUAUAUUAAUAUUAGUCUCUUAUUUGCAAAAUAUAAUAAAAAGUGGGUAUUUAAUGUGGAAUAAAAAAGAUUAGCAAAAGCAGUAACUCAUCUGAGGAUCCUACAGUGUGGUGUCAUGAUAUGUAUGCUUGCCGCUGUUUGCUCCUGCUUCAGUGGCAAACAUACAGCUAUCAGAAUCUUCUAGCCUGGGUUCACGUAGAAACACGAAACGUGGAGAACGCUGCUAAAAUAGCAAAGAGCCGUUUACAACCGCACAGACUGUUGAACUAAAGAGAAGACGCCAGGAAAUGAAGCUCUCUAAGCUCUGUUACAUCAACACUUUUACUUUACUUCAUUGGACAUGAAAUCCAAAUAAAUAUAUAAAUAAUAUCCAAAUAAUAUUUGGAUUAUUUUCUUGUUUGUGUACAUGCAGUUUUCAUGUGCAGUGACAUUUCAGGUGCGUUACGCUUUCAGUUAAAUCUCCAAAUAAAGUGGUUUAGGAUAUCUAGAUAAUCACACUCUCUCCAUUUAUAAAAUUAUAUAAUAAUUAGUGCCAAAUUACAUAGUUCUUUCCUGGAAGUUUCCUAGGUAAAUUAUUCUGAAAUUAUGGACCUGUGAAAUAAACCAUUUGCAUACUGACAUGAAUGGAAGCCAAAUCUGAAAACUGGUGAUCUUUACAGGAAUGUAAAGAGAGUUCAGUUUGAAUCUGAGCAUCCAACAGCGCCCCUCGCUCUCUCUGUUAGACCUCAAGGGUGGCUGGAAAAAGCUGCAGCUGUGGUCAGACUGACUUCAGCAACACUGGAUUCUAGUGAUGGCAGAUUUCACAAAACAAGGUUCAAAACGUCUGGUUAUUGAAUUUAAGAUGAUUUAGUCUGUAACUGCAGACAGGGAGCAUGAAAGCACAACAAGAAGCUAAGUGUUCAGUCAGAGUCUGACCACAGCUGCUCUUCCUUGUCACUCAGGAGCGAACUGGGUGUUUGAUACUUACAUGACAUGUCACUUUGAAGCAACAGCAUGAAAAAAGCUGCUGGUAUGGUCCUUUAAGUCUUUUCAGUGCACAGCCAGUAGAAAGCUAUAGGAGGAGGGCUACAGGAUGUUGGGCUUUGAUAAACAACCUGAUGAACUGUUAACAAAGAUCUAAUGUUUCCAACCCUGACGCCUUAAAGCACCUUUUCAGUGUGACUGUAAAGGUGACUGUUGACUGCUUAUUUUGAUUCAUGUGCUUUAUUUUAGCAGAUAGACAUGAUGAAGGGGAAAAAAAAGGUCCACGGGUCAAAGCCAACAGAAAACUCUCUCUCAUAGGAUUGUCGCUGUAGAUUCGGAUGGUAUAGCCACAUCUAGGAUGAAAACGAUCAUUUUACAACAGUGAGUAUUCAAAGUAAAGAGGCGGGGCUCACCUUGACAAAAGUCUACGUGUAUAUCUGUGCUCGUGCAGGUAGAGUGAUGUGAAUGUAUGCAUACUGAAGAUGAUGUUCUGGUUUGCCGUUUUGUUUGGUCUUCUGUUCAGCAUCCGAGUUUUGGAGUGGGAAAUGUAAAGAUGUAUAUGUUUGGUAAUCAUUUAAAAACGAAGCGAAGUGAAUAAUGAAAAUGUGAAAAGGUGUAUAUUUAGAUAAAUGUAAUGUAAUACAUUGGUGUGUCCUAUAGUCCUGUAGAGUAAGACUUAAAAAACAAGGAAGUUUUGUACUCUAGCACUUUCUUUAAUGUGUACUGUAUUAGUUCAUCUUCUACAUGUAAAGUACUGUAUGAAUAUUCAUUACUUGCCUUGUAACGUUCGAAACAAUGCUACGUUUAGAAAUGGUAACCAAGAAAACAAAGUGUUUAGAGUGUAUGCAUGCCAAUGGUUGGGUCCCUGUACAAUAGGAAAACUAUAUGAAAAAAUGGUGCUAUGUUACAUUAUAUAAAGGUGCUUCAAUGGACCCCAGCUGGAUGCAUGCAAAGAGGAACUAUCAAAAGUAGAAAAAAAAAAAAAAAACAAAAAAAAAAAAACGAGAAAAUCGAUGUCCGACAGCUGUUCUCAAAUAGUGCUGCUUCCCAAAGAUGUCGGAAAUUUGGAAAUUCCAACUUUGUAUUUGUUAAAAUGCUACAGCCCUUCAAGUUAGUAUUCCAUCUCUGAUUUAAGGUACGGAAAUCUGACAGCGUGUCAGAGUUGUCUGCAAGCUCGAGCACACGCUGUAGCCUCCACCCUGCUGAUGAUCCUCCAAACACACGCUAAGUGACGGUGUGCCGGGAAGUAGCAUUUUAACUCGUACAAAAUAAGUUUAAGUGUCGUCCAUGUUCUUCCCUGUUUUUUCUGAGCUACAUCACUGGAACACAUGGAGGGUGUUAUAACAACCUGUCAGCUGGGAAUUUCUAACUGAAGACUAGAAAUGGAAUGAAUAGUAGGUGGCAGAUAUCCUACCUGAUCACAAACGGUGAAGUCUAACUGUAAAUAUCAUUAUUACUAGCCUCCUCAGCGCUCAGACGAAACCAGAACCAGGAUCAGGCUGAGGCCUGUUUGUGGCCCUGAGCAAGAAUGAUACGGAAAUUGGCCCUAAACGUAAAGGCAAUGGUCAGCCAACAGCAUCAAAAAGUGUAGGAGCAGUCGUUCACGAGGUGGCUUUUAUUUUUAGGAAAAGGAAAACGUGUCUAUUUACAGUUACACUGCCUUUGUGACAAAGGUCUAAAAGAUCUAUAGACAAUCUAAUGACAUCAUUUUGUACUUUUAAUUCUUCAGAUGUUUUAUGUGUUUCAAUAAUUUCUCAUGUAGCAGAGUUAUACCACAGCAAACAUCAGUAAUAGUCUUUGAAAGGUUAAAGUUGUUUGAGUUUGGAAAACUUGUGCUGAUUGUUGCAGGAAAAGAAUUUGGAAAAUGAAAAUGUGUGUGUUUAUUGGCUGUACUGGUCAUCUUUCUU